AUGCCUACCCACUAUGAGGUACUAGGGGUACUGUCACUUGCUGGAGACGCUGAGAUCAAGAAGGCGUACCGGAAGUUUGCAUUGCGGCACCACCCGGACAAAAACGUCGGGAACCCAGAACUGGCCGACGCCAGGUUCAAGGAAGGUGCGGAGGCAUACGCUGUUCUCAGUGACAAGGUGAAAAAAAAAGCCUACGAC